AUGCGAUUUACUCGCGCUGUGAAGGACUGGGUUGGAAACAACCAGUUCCGGAGGACUUUGGUAGCUUCAGCAGGCUCUUACCCUAGCCGUGCUCGCGCUCCGGCCGCCGGCGUGCGACUCCGGCCGCCGGAAAAGCCGGGUUUGCUCUUCCUCCACCUUCCUCUCCAUCUUGCUGCCUCUUUCCUGGCCGUGGACCACCCUGGGGACAUCCACUCGCGUCGGGCCCUCUCUUUUGGCCGCGCCCGACCUCCGUCAGCCUCCCCCGCCAGUCGCCGCCGGUCACCUGCUGGGCUCCCUAUGGCCGAGCUGGGCCAGAUCGGGCCGAGCCCAGGCUGGCUCCCCUCUCGUGCGCUGCCGCUGCCUAGAUCGGGCCGGGCCGCCCUCCCCCGGAGCCCCGGCGACCUCCGCCGCCGGCCCCACCGUCAGCGCACGCCGCCGGAGCCGCCCAAGCUUCCUGCGGCCACCUGCAAUCACCCAGGCCGAGCCUGGGCGAUCUCUGCAUCCGCGCGCCGCAUCCGCCUCGAGGCGGGCCGCCCCGCCUCCCUUUGCUGUCGGCGACCUCACGCGCGUGUUCCCGGCGUCCCCGACCACCGCCGGUCGCCGCCUGAAGCUCCUGCAGCCGCCCAGACUUGGUGCGGGCCGAGGCUGAGCCUUCGUGGCCUCCGCGCGUCGCCACCGCCUAUGGUGGGGAGCACCACCUCCCCCUCGGCCUCCUCCGCCGAUUCGUCGCCGCCCCGACCUCCUCCGGCCGCCGCCGCGCCGCCGGGAAGAUCGAACCCGAGAAGGAGUCGUGCUGAACAUCGUUCUCACUUCCGUCGAGCCCUGCGAUGCCUUGGUUGCUCGGGCAACCGUGAUCUUCUUGCGGUGCGCGCUGCUUCGCUGACCUUCGCGUCGCUUGUGCGCGCACCGCAGUCGCCGAAUGUGCUCCGAAUGCGUGUAAACGCUGAGGGUAACCUCUGGACUGAUCGUCCAAGGCCCCAAGCCACUGCGGAGAUCGAAAAGCCGCUUUCGGGGCGUUUCAUGGCGAAAUUCGUCGACGGAAUGCGAUCUUAG